GAGACCCAAGCAAUUGCCGAUUUGGCAUUAGCUUUGCUGAAGGCUCGAUGCAUGGCUAUGCAGGACCACGUGCCAGACCCGAGGAUCACUUUUGAGUCACUCGCUCCUGGAGAACCUCAGCCUUUGACGGCCCUGGCCUCCUGCCGCCCUGUGCUUCGCACCUUGAUGGGUGCAGAGUGUGGUCAAGCUGUGGAUAUUUUGUCGGAGUGGAUUUGGAACCCAAACCAGGACGAUGCUGAAGUACACCAACUCUUCGUGAAUGCAGUCCAGCUGGUCAAGAACAUUAAG